GCUGAUUCGGAUUAUAGAGCCGCACAGACGGAAAAGGUCUGUGGCUAGCCAGGCGUUCUACCAUGCCUGUCCCCCCACCCCUCAAUCCCUGCAGACGAAAACACCUGCCCCACACACACCUUCACCCGGAACAAAGGGCAGAACAUUCUACCUUUCCUACCACCCUUUUCCCUCCAUCCAUUCACUCUCUUUCUUUUCUCCCCCCUCUCCUCGUCUCAUAUUUGCCCUCCUCAUCCCAUCUCGUCCACUGCGCCUGCCCCAGGGCUACGAAAAGAACCCUUCCUGAUUCUGUCCCUUUCCCAGCGUUUCACUGGCUGACACUGGUCACAUGCUGCCUGCUGCCAUCUCUGAUUGGAGCAGGGGAGACGUGGGGCGUGGUCUCCGCCUGUCCCUUCCACUGUGUGUGUCGAAACCUUUCAGAGUCGCUCAGCACACUCUGUGCCGACAAAGGCCUCCUGUUCGUCCCCCCGCACGUUGACCGGCGCACCGUCGAGCUGCGACUGGCUGACAACUUCAUCACGGAGGUGGGCGGGAAUGACUUUGUCAACAUGACUGGCUUGGUUGAUUUGACUCUGUCAAGGAACACCAUCCACCUGAUUCGACCAAUGGCUUUUGCUGACCUGGAGAGUUUGCGCUCGCUGCAUCUGGAUGGUAAUCGCUUGACGUCACUGGGCCCCAGGGACCUCGCAGGUUUGGUUAAUCUGCAGCAUCUGAUUGUCAACAACAACCAGCUGGUUAAAGUCUCUGCCCAGGCCUUUGAUGACUUCUUGCUUACACUGGAGGACCUCGACCUGUCCUACAAUAACCUCAGGAGGGUACCGUGGGAGUCCAUUCAGAACAUGGCCAGUCUGCACACUUUGAACUUGGAUCAUAACCUGAUAGACCACAUAGCAGAAGGAGUCUUUGGAGAGCUAUAUAAGCUUGCAAGACUGGAUAUGACCUCCAACAGGCUCCGAACCCUGCCUCCUGAUCCCCUCUUUGCAAGGUCCCAGACUGGUGCAAUAAGUCCCACCCCCUACAACGCUGUCAUAAGUCUAAAUUUUGGUGGUAACCCUCUGCACUGCAACUGCGAGCUGCUAUGGUUACGGCGGCUUAUCCGUGGAGACGACAUGGAGACGUGUGCCACGCCAGCUCACUUGGCUGGAAGAUAUUUCUGGUCAAUUCCUGAGGAGGAGUUUACUUGUGAACCACCACUCAUCACCCGUCACACCCACAAGCUGUGGGUCUUAGAGGGCCAGCGAGCCACGCUAAAGUGCCGUUCUAUUGGCGACCCUGAGCCAGUAGUCCACUGGGUUUCACCAGAUGACCGCAUCAUUGCGAACUCGUCCCGGACCAGCUCCUUCAGCAACGGGACCUUGGAUAUCUUAGUAACUGUUGCCCGGGAUGAUGGGGCAUACACGUGUAUCGCAAUAAAUGCAGCAGGUGAAGCGACUGCUACUGUGGACCUGAAAAUAAUCCCCCUUCCUCAUCGGGGAGGAGCAAGCGGAAAUACAGGGAAUAACAAUGUGAACACCAAGAACAACAGGAACGUGACCAAUGGAAUUUUACGGACUGAUCCAGGCUCCUCGGAUAUCAGCACAGGGAAAAAUGGAGGGAUUAACAAUGGCGUAGGACGUGGAGGAGAGGUGGAGGACGGAAGAAGAGAUGGAGCGGAGGGUGAAGAGGGCGAUGGUGGCAGGGCCUCCGAAGGAGAGAGAGCUGAUGGCGGGAGCAUGGAGGACGAGGAAGGGGAUGAGGAGGAAGGGAGGAUGGUGGGAGUACAAGGGGUUACAUCAACCUCGGCUCAGGUCCGAUGGGAUUUGGGGCGUUCAUCUGCAGCUUAUGUUGUCUGGAUGUAUCAGAUACAGUACAACUGCACCGCAGACGAGACCCUCAUCUACAGGAUUCUACCAUCGACCAGUGACCGUUUCCUGUUGAAGAACUUGGUUUCCGGUGUGGACUAUAACCUGUGUGUCCUCGCCAUUUUUGAUGACACCAUUACAUCAUUGGCAGCAACAAAAGUUCUGGGCUGUACCACAUUUUCCACCAAGGAUGUUUACCCAGCAUGCCGCUCUCUCCAAGCCCACUUUCUGGGCGGGACACUGACCAUCUUGGUUGGUGGUGUUGUUGUGGUCACCCUACUCGUGUUCACAGUGGCGCUCAUGGUUCGUCACCGGGUUUGCAAUCAUGGUGACCACAUGAUAUGUCACAACAGCAACACUGAGGCAGGAGGUGGGGCCUGCUGUCAAAGUGGAGGUGUAGGGGGUAGGGACAAAGGGGGAAACGGUGGCGGGUGCUACCAAUCAAAUGGGUCCGGGGACAUGAUGAUGGUGGUCCUGCCCAAUGGUCUGCCUUCCAAAAGAGGAGGCGAGAAGGAAAAGGAAAAGGAGAAGGAGAAGGAAGCAGCUGAUUCUGCAUCCUCUCUGCCUCCAAAACUCCCUCCAAAGCCCAGGCCCAAGCCUAAAGUCAACCUGGAGCAGUUUCUUUCAGCUGGAGGGGUAGUUUCAACGACAACAGGGGCAGGACGUGAGAUGGCACUGGUGGUGAGGCAGAGGAAGCUGGAGAAGGCGCCACCGUACACCCCUGAAAGUGACAGAACUCCCCUCUACUACUCCCCUUCCCCUCCAUCCACCCUGCCCCGUCAGUCACGCUCCAGGGACCGCCCUAAACCCCGCCUGGAGAGAGAAUUGACCAAUCGUGCCAGUUUCUCUCUGGCUGCACCCCUGAGAGACUCAGAGCUGUUGGACUGGAGAAUCACUCCCCGAGGCAGGGACAAAUGGAACUCCUCACAGGCCUAUCAGAGUCCAGUAUCCCCUUUAAGUCCUGCCUGCGGGACCGUUAGCAAACGGCGGCACUCGUUGGAUAUGGGCUCCUCUGUUGCCCUAGCAACUGAUGCUGCGGCCACUGUUGCCAAGCGCUACGGUGCUGUCAGCUACGCCAAGCGUCUGAGUGUGAUCUGGACGAGGAGGAGCCAGUCGCUUCAUGGUAUGCUGGUGCAGUGUGCCUCGACGACAAGCACAACAUCUUCAACAACCAGCGACGAGGGCGAAGGCGGCGGUGGCUUUGGACCACGCUGUGAGUUUCAGCGGGGAUACAUCCACGCUUACAACACCACCAACUCCAACUCUAAUGCUGGGAUCACUAGUGGGAAAGCAGGCAGCGUAAAAGACAGGGGGAGAGAGAAAGGGAACGACGGAAGAAAUGCUGAAGAACUGGAGGAAAGUGUUGUGUAG